ACUGUCAGCCAAUGGUUUUCCAGUUAAAUAUAUGUAAACUAAAUUAGCACAAAUAAUCUUAACAAUUUUGUGUUUCCGUGAGAUAAGUUCAGCUCAUCUUAAAUUCUUGCAUAACAUAUGUUACGUUAUGCGUUUGUUGUGUCACUGCUCCUCCCAUCUGUGUGACACAUAGAGAGCUUGUUUAGGACAAGACUGGACUUUCUAUAACAAUUAUGGCCAAAGACAUAUUCAAAUGCAAUAAUAAUCAUAUGAGUUGCUUUAGAAGACUUACACGUGUGUAAGUAAUGUAACUGGUAGAUUUCACACACUGUAUAUAAGCCAAGAUUCUCAAAGACCUUGUCAAGCCUCAAUUAUUUCCAGGUAGAGUUCAGUUUCCAUAGAUACAUUGCUACAUUGCAUUAAAGCACACUCAUUGACAUUAAACAUUGUGUUAUAAAUUAGGCCCAGAUUGGUGUCACUAUGACAGUGAUGCAAUGCUUGGUUAACUUGACCCACCACCAAUAGGUUUUUGUUUUGUUUUUACCAAUUGUUAAUGUUAACUUAAUGUUACAGUUUGGUUCUGGACCAAAAUAACUUUUCUGUCUGGAGUUUUUCUACCCAUUAGUUACCGUUUAAAAUUCAACGGUAACUUAAACAUCUGCACCACAUUGACCCCACUGCACUAUUCUACUCCUUUAUCUAUUUAAAUAACUCAAAAUCAGUGGUGUGCGGUGCACAGGGUCAGUGCCCAUGUCAAAAUCGGCUCCUGUCCAGCAGAGGGCGAUCAUAAUAAAUGUAUAGCUGUACCGUAUAACUGAGGGUAUAUGUGUAAACUACAGUCGUACAGCAUACAUUAGACGAAUGUGGUAAAAUUGUAAAAGAAAGUGGACACACAAGACAUUUACUGAGAUCCAGUUCAAUCUUUUAACAACUAGGUACCGGCAGUGACCUUUUUUUUUAGUAAAACUGUGUCGCGUUUAUUAUGUCCACGUCGGUAUCUAACGCACUUCCUGUUAUAGAAAUAUGAUAAUCAGAGCGGCUUGCGGCCUGUAUGUAAUUAUAAACUAAGGCUACAUACAUGCAUUUCUGUGCGCGCCGACCCGACCCUUUCACUGGGGUCAAACUGGCAUCAAGACGUUUUUCAGGAAGCAGAAGAGAGGAGGAGCGGAGUCAACAUUUGUUGUUGUUGUCACUCGCACUGCACCCUCACAUUGUCUGACAGUUUGGUCAGCGGGCCCGUUGAGUGCUUUCUCGGUGCACGUUCACGUUUCUUCACCGGCGGAUGAAUGGCAACGACGGCAGUGAGAGCAGUGACAGCGGGGGGCCCGGCGUCUUUGUCCCGGUUUAGGGGAGCGCUGGUCGCGGCUGUGCUGGGAGACUGUGUCGGCGGAGAGUUUGAAGGAGCCGAGGAGGUUCCAAUGGAGAGUGUGCUGCAGCACCUCAGCAGCCUGGACGACGACACCAAAGGAAAUGGUAUCCUUGAGUACAGUGACGACACUGCGAUGGCGCGUUGUGUGGUCCAGUCUCUACUCACUCGUGCCGGCUUUGAUGAGCGGGACAUGGCUCGCAGGUUCGCAAAGGAGUACAGUGCAUCCCCAGGUCGUGGUUAUGGUUCUGGAGUGAUCCAGGUGUUGAAGAAGCUGUCCUCACCUCAGCUCAGUGAUGUGUAUCAGCCGGCCAGGGACCAGUUUAAUGGUCGAGGCUCCUUUGGGAAUGGAGGGGCCAUGAGGGCGGCCCCGUUUGCACUGGCUUUUCCUGAUCCGGCUGAUGUUAAAAGGUUUGCCCGUCUGGGUGCCAUGCUCACCCACUCCUGCUCUCUGGGAUAUAAUGGAGCUGUGCUGCAGGCGUUAGCAGUGCACCUCUCCCUGCAGGGGGCACUAGACCUGCCUCAGCAGUUCAUAAGCAGGCUAAUCACAGAGAUGGAGGAGGUGGAGGGCAACGAGGCAGCACGCAAUGAUGCCAGAAUCCUAAAAGAAGCAGAGAAGCCAUUCUGUGAGCGCCUCCACAGAGUUAGAGACCUGAUGGAUAGGAGCAAGGUCAGCAUCGAGGAGGUCAUUUCUGAACUGGGUAACGGCAUUGCAGCACUCCAUUCAGUCCCCACUGCCAUCUUCUGCGUCCUCCACUGCCUGCAGCCCUGGGAAUGCCUUCCAGAGAACUACGGCGGACUGGAGAGGACAAUAGCCUACAGCCUGGCCCUGGGAGGGGACACUGACACAAUAGCUUGCAUGGCAGGGGCCAUCGCUGGGGCCCACUAUGGCAUCGAGGCUAUUCCUCAGUCGUGGAUAAGGUGCUGCGAGGGGGCGGAGGAUGCAGACGUAAAUGCAGAGCGACUUCACAUGCUGUACCACCAGUCAUCACCGGGAGGCGGGAGUGGGAUAGAGGAGCAGAGCAGUGCAGAUGCAUCUGAAAGCCAGUCAAAUGCUUCUAACGGCACAGAGAAGAAAACUGGAGCUGAGUGAUUCUUCAACUGGAGUUUGACAAAAGGACUCUUGUUCACUCACACAGACGCACACACACACACACACACACACACACACACACACAAAUUGCAAAUUACACACGUGAACUUAAAAAUUACCUUUUUAGUUUUGAACUGUGUUGUAACCUGUGGUCAAGGAUGAGCUGUUUCAGUGUUCUCACUAUCCCAGCAUUAUUCUAUUUAAUUUAAAGACAACUCAUUUUCCCUUUUUCCUAAAUGGAUCAGCAGGCGUUGACAACCCCAAGCUUGUAAAAAAUGCAAAAUUACUUCAAAAAAUGAAGCAAUGAUGGCAGUUGUUACGUUACAGAGUAAGCAAGCUGAACAAACAAAAACAGUUAUCAUACAUUAUCAUCAAUCUCAUCUGUCACCAGACAGAUGAGAUUGAUAAUAAUGUAUGAUAACUGUCAUACAAAUGUUCAGUCUGUGUGCUUACCCAGUACAUUUACCCACUUAAACACCUCUCUCCCUUCCCUGCUCUUUCCUGUUUUGUGUUAAACAAUCUUUUGUCAUGUGAAAGUUGCACUAUGAUUUGGCCAUGUCUACUUUUAUAAUUUUGGCAGAUAACAAUUAUUUAAUAAACUUUUUUUAAAAUCACA